UGUGCUGUCUCCUGCAUUACAGUACAGAAGUAGGUGUAGCAGCUAGAUGUCAAUGGCACUGGGGGAGAAAGUGAGAGUAGAUGCACGCAUGCAAGGGCUGGGUUGGACCUGGGUGAAGUUUUCUUUUCUAAUGGUUGGGUAAGGGGCUGGGUUUGUGAUGUCAGGCUGGAGGAAACAGAUAAAACGUUUAGCGCGUUAGUUUGAUCUGAUGUGGAGAUGUGGAGAGCGCAUGCAGCAGGACUGAGACUGGGAAUACAGAGACACACGGAGCGCAAGAGGACUCUCAGCACCAUCUCAAGGUGAUCCAAAGAGCCGUUUUCACUUGGACCAGCAUACCAAAAAGACAAAUCUCCUUUCAGUGCCUCCACAUUCUUGGAUAUUGGUCCAUAUUUUGAGAAAAUAAACUCUUUUAAGCGGAUUUUCACAGCUCCCUGAUAUCUGAAACACUCCACUGUUAGAAUAAAUCUCGACAGACUUUUUAUUUGACAGUUUUGGCGGUUUAUUCGCAGAAGGAAGGGUGACCGCGAGCAUUUGGACGCGACCUAUUUCGCGCCGGUGAAAGGUGGCACUAUCAAAUAACCUUUAUCCAGCGUUACAUCUCUCCAAACAACCUUACAAUAUACAGACAGCAAACUGUGUAAGUCUGCAACCAAACGCGCUCUUGUCGCUUUCAUUCUACCACAACGAGGAUACAUUAUUGCGCGCGUAAAUGAACUACAAGUGAAUGACAAUUAGACUUUUACGCAGUCAUUGCGCGCUAAAGAUGCAGUUUUGAGGAGAUCCCUGAGACGCGAGAUGCUCUGUUUGAACCUGAACACCCAAAAAGCAACGUGGAACUAUUUAAAGUAGAAAGUUUGCUGUCAUUCACUCAUUCAUUCCGACAUCCAGUUACAAAAAUAGUAAAUUAAGUGAAAAACAGACUCUCCACCUUAAUGCACUGAAAAUUUCGUUCUUCCCUAGUCAUUACAUUUUAAUUUUAAAAAAGAAAAUUAAGUAAAAUAGAAACUCCUUAACAUUAACUCAUUAACCUAUUGUAAAUUAAACAACAUUUAUGCUAUCAUUAAUGAAGAAAAGGCACCCAAAACAAUUUAAGCAAAUUAACUAUUAGCUCCCUCCCAGGUGCAAUUCAAAACAAACAAACAAACAAACAAACAGAUGCGUUAAAAGACACAGCUUCACUUCAAUAAAAUGAUUUUUUUUAGACUACUGGUAAUUCUUCUUGCAGUAUUUCACACAUGGCCGCUAAACAGGGCUCAGCCAGAUCAUAUUCAGAAGUACAAGUGGACACUGGCACAGAGAGCGGAUCGAGCGCUUGCUGGAGAACAGUGCGGCUCCAUCAGCCGCAAGCGGCCGCCGCUCUCCGCGGCGCAGCAGUACCCUCUAGCGGGCGUCGCUGGACGGUACACUCGCUCGAUAGACUUGCACUUAAGAAAAAGUAAAAAAGUUAGGUCCUGUUCAGGUGUGUGCGGCUCAAGUGGCAUAGAUGCGGUUGAAUUAACUAACUGGGAUAUUAAUGAGAGGGAGACAUUUGAUGAACCACACGAAGAGACUUUCAUAUGGGAGAAAGAAGGCAAACAGUUACAGAGGGCCACUGAUUCUGGCUCUAGAAAGUCAAAAUCAAAAGGACACUCUUCGCAGACAGAUGAGGGAGGUGAACUAAAGGCGAGCUUGUCCUCACUAAGAAGGGUUGCACGGAGCCUUGUGGAGUUCAACAAAGAAGAAGCCCCAAAAGAUACACAGCACACCCAUAUCCACCACACUGACUUCUCUACAGAAAAUGAAGAUUAUUCCGGGGAGCAAGAAGGACUGCAGAGCACUGCUGGGGAGCUGUGGAGGGCAGAUAUACACAAUGUUCCUGCAAAGUGGAUGACAGCCAUGUAUUUUGGUGGCCAGGCGGCGCAACUAAAGGUGAACCCUGCCUUUGGCAUAGACCUGCCCCGCUCCAGGUUCACUUUAGAGCUGUGGGUCAAACCGGAGGGUGGCCAGAAUAAUCAUGCCAUCAUUGCAGGUGUGUUUGACAACUGCUCGUAUCCCUUGAGUGAAAAAGGUUGGUCUGUUGGGAUUCGAGCAGCAGACCCUACAGGAAGAAAAGACGGCAGGUUUUUCUUCUCCCUUCGCACAGAUCGGGCACUCAAAUCCACCACUAUAAUAGCUCACCAGCGCUACCAGCCCAACAGCUGGACUCAUGUGGUGGCCAGUUAUGAUGGCCACAAGAUGGCGCUGUACGUAGACAACUCCAAGGUUGGCGAGAGCAGAGAACAGUCGGGUGACCUAUACAGUCCCUACAUAAAGGCCUGUCGCCUGUUUUUGCUUGGCGGGGACCAGUCAGAUCAUGAACACAGUUUCCGCGGUCAUUUGGGAGGUGUUGCGCUAUGGGGUUAUGUGCGCACUCACGAAGAACUUCUUAAAGGUCACGAAUCCCAUGCAGAGAAACAAACGCCCAUAUUGUCACAGUGGGCAGAUUUCUCAGAGGUUGAGAAUCAGUGGGCGCCCUACAAAGACCGUCACAACCCAGUCAUCGUGGCUCUUCCUGUUCCUGAGCGGCAGCUUGUUUCUCCAUUUCUUCCACCGCCAUGUGGCGUGACCAUGUGUGACAAUGCUGACUUCAUCCUCAGUUAUAACCAGCACUGGCAACUGCGAGCCGAGAAGCGCCUACGAUACCGCAUCGUGAACAUCUGUAAGGAUGAUGGCAGUGACCCUACGGUCUCUCUCCAGCAGAUCCAGCUCCAACACCAGGCCUUGGAAGAUGCCUUCCGUCCUUACAACAUCACCCUCGAGCUCAACAUUCACACCAUCUACAACUCUUCCCUCCAACGGCGCUUCAUCCUCAGCAACUGCCACAUUGCCAAGGUGGGGAACCGCCACUGUGAUCCUGAGUGUGACCAUCCUCUAACGGGCCACGAUGGGGGUGACUGCUUGCGCAUGGGGCCCUGCUACAACUGGAAGAGGAGGGAUGGAGUCUGCAACCCUGAGUGCAACAGCAUUCACUAUGAUUAUGAUGAUGGUGAUUGCUGUGACCCCGAGGUCACAGAUGUCGCAAAGACCUGCUUUGAUCCCGAGUCUUCUCAGAGGGCUUAUCUGAGCGUGAAGGAGCUGAAGGAGCUGCUCCAUCUGAGUGGUUCAGACACUCUCAAUGUGUUCUUCGCUAAUAAUUCGGCACGCGAGGAGCUUGCUGGGGUUGCCACCUGGCCAUGGGCAAAAGAAGCUCUUACUCAUCAAGGCGGAAUGAUUCUUAACCCCUCCUACUUCGGUACCAAAGGACACAACAACACCAUGAUCCAUGAGAUGGGUCAUAUUUUGGGACUGUACCAUGUGUUCAAGGGUGUGAGUGAACGGGAGUCAUGUGAUGACCCCUGUCAAGAGACCACCGCAUCAAUGGAGACGGGAGAUCUGUGUGCUGAUACAGCACCAACACCAAAGUCUAAAGUUUGUCAUGACCCUGAUCCAGUCAAUGACACGUGUGGUCUUUCCCAAUACAAAAACACACCCUACAACAACUACAUGAGUUACACAGAUGAUGACUGUACAAACCAUUUUACACCCAAUCAAGUAGCUCGGAUGCACUGCUAUAUUGAUUUGGUCUACAAAACCUGGGUCCAUGGCAGAAAGCCCGCUCCUGUUCCUCUUGCACCUGUGGUGAUUGGUCAAGAUGCAGAUUCCGUCACCAUUCAUUGGCUGAACCCAAUCAGUGGCCCACUUGCCCACAGGGAAGGUGACAUGAGCUGUCAUCUCUGUGAUGAGAAUGGAGCGCUCAAUCAGUAUGCCUAUGAGGCCACUUCACCUCAUGCCUGUGAUUCCACUGGAUACUGGACACCAGAGGAAGCAGUGGGGGCCCCUGAUGUGUACCAGCCAUGUGAGCCCAGCAUGCAAGCCUGGAGUCCUGAAGUUAACCUGUAUGAGCCCAACAUGACUACACCAUGCCCCCAGAUUGAGGGCUGUGUGCUGGAAUUGCACUUCCUUCACCCGGUUGUCCCUGACGGUUUGACCGUAUGGAUCACUUACACCUCAGCCAAUCAAAAGGCAAUUGCUAAUAUUGUGCUCAUAACUGAGAAUGGCGAGAUGAUCCACACAGGUCCUCAGCAUGCUUUCUGUGACAUUCCUUUGACCCUCCAUUUACAUACUAGUAAGAAGGUCAAGGCCGUUAAAAUCUCCACCUUUGAUAAGAAGCUGGAGAUCGAUGCUGUUUUGCUGACCUCGCGGCCCCAAAAUCCUCUCUGCUCUGGUUGCCGCCCCCUUCUCUACAGAGUGCUUAGAGAACCACCAAUCAGAGGGGACCAGAGUCCCGUCAUCGUCAAACAGCCCACAUACACUGACAGUGAUGCGCAGAGGGACGUUCAGUACCUGUACAGGAUCCAGGUGGAAUCAGACGGUUUGUUCAGUGAACUUUCCCCAGGCCUGGUUUACACUCAUGGAGAACAUUUCUGUGGUGAUGGCACGAUACAGGGGACUGAGGCUUGUGAUGACGGGAAUCUCUUAGAUGGAGACGGCUGCUCAAAAAAAUGCCAAGUUGAAGCAGGUUUCAAGUGUCAUGGUCGGCCGAGCCUGUGCUAUGUUUUUGAAGGGGACGGAGUGUGUGAGGAGUUCGAAAGACGUUCCAGCAUCCAGGACUGUGGCUUUUUCACUCCCCAGGGGUUCGCUGAUCAGUGGGCGUCCACCGCCUCAGGCUCGCAUCAGGACGAGAGCUGCCCUGCCUCAAAGGUCACCGGGGAGCCUGUGCUCACUCAGAUGUGCAAGUCGCAGUAUUUUGACAUUAAUGAAGUGGUGGCUCAUGACGCCUGGAGCCCCUGUACUGCCCAUUUAAAUGGUUACUAUACCAAGGAUCAGCCUGUCUGGCUAAAGGUAGGAUUUGAGCGACCGGGUGUAGCAGCCUCUGUUAUCAUCUACCUUGCAUAUGAUGGUAAUUGGCAAUGCGAAAAUUGCAGGAAAACAGUGACCAUUGAACUGUGUGACACCACCGGAAAAAAACACAAUCUUGGUUCGUACAAGCUGUCAUGUCAGUAUAACCCCCUAGUGGUGAACGUGACUCAUAACCUGAGUUUGCCCUUCUACCAGACUUCAGCAGUGCAGCUGAACUUCUCGUCCUCUCAAGUGGCAGUGUUGGCGGUUGCAUUGCGAACAUCUUGUCACUUCAGCGCCUUUGCCCUGACCGGAUGUGUGCGUAGGCUGUGCAGUACUGAGUCAUGCAGUCCUCUAAACGUCGAACAUGCUUCAGUCCGCUGUACUCCAGUCAUAGACUCCAAACACUGCUCUGUUUCUUGUCAUCGGGGCUAUAUGCUCACUGUUCUCCAUGGCCAGGGCAUUCCUUCUCAUCAAACGGAAGCAGAGCUGAUUUGUUUGCAUGGAGUGUGGGACCGUGUAGUGAGCUGUCAGCCAGUGGACUGCGGCCCACCUCCUCAGUCUCACGUCUACUUUGCCUCCUUCUUGUGUCCCUGGGGCACCACAUUCGGCAAGCAGUGCACCUUUUCCUGUAACGCCCCGGCGAUCCUGCAAGGUGAAAGUGACACAUUGGUUUGUCUUGAGGAUGGACUAUGGUCAUAUCCCGAGGCUUACUGCAAGAUUGAGUGUCCGGAGCCACCUUCUGCACUCAAUGCCACGCUGCUAGUUCCUCAGUGUCAUGGAGGCGGGCAUGACGUGGGCACUGUUUGCCGCUACAAAUGCAACCCGGGAUAUUACGUCACUGGCACACUCAACAAAAGGCCAAGAAAGAAGUUUCUGAGGUUGGAGUGUUUGGAGGGUGGGAUGUGGCAAGAGGGCAGCUGUUCACCUGUCACAUGCCCUCCUCUCCCGCUGAUGUUUGAGGGCAUGUACACCUGCACCAACAAUUUGGAUUUCGAUAGUAUCUGCACCCUACAGUGUCCCGAUCCAACAGAAAGGCAGUCUAGCAUCCAAUGCACCAAAUAUGGCAAAUGGACUGAAGACUUUACUAUGUGUAAGAAGAUAGAGGGACCGUGCCAGCCUCCUCUUGACCUCAACCUGGUGGAAUACAGCUGUGAGGAGGGCUUUGACGUGGGUGCAGUCUGUUACCCAACAUGCAUUGUGGCCUUGAGUGACCCUGUGGUGUUAGCCAAUGGCUCCAGCACUGAUACAGUAGAGCACUGGAUGCUUCCCAGCAAAGUUCAGAGUAUUGUCUGUACUGGCAUGUUGAAGUGGCAUCCGAAUCCAGCACAGAUCCACUGCAUCCAGUCCUGUGAGCCAUUUGGAGGAGAUGGUUGGUGCGACACCAUUAACAACCGAGCGUACUGCCAGUAUGACGGCGGAGACUGCUGUCCAUCCACUCUCUCAUCUAGAAAGGUCAUUCAGUUCGGGGUGGACUGUGAUCACGAUGAGUGCACUUGCCGUGACCCCGAAGCCGAGGAGAACAAGGGCACAGCCAAGCGAAAGGAGCCAGGAGCGCUGUGAAUGAUAGCGAGGCGGAGAGCGCGCAGACAGCUCUCAGAUUGGCUUGAAAAGAAAAUGUCAAACAAUAACCUGAAUGUUUCUCACUCCACAUGAGAGCGAGGCUGAUCAAAGGCAGUAAUUCAAACCAUAGAAACGCAUAAAAACAAUCCUCUUCAACACUAAUCUAUGAAAUAAUACCUAAUAUAUUUUCAAGAUCUCUAACAUAGAUGUAGAUGUAGAUAUGACCCAUAUUUUAGCCCACAAGCAUUUACGUACACCAUCACACAUACACACACACGCACGCACGCACACACACACACACACAUACACACACACGUUUCAAGUGUAGCUGAUUUUUAUGAAUAUUUUAUACAAAUAGCUCUUGCUUGUUGUGAGCCACAUUCUCAAUAUUAUUCUACAUUAAUACAGGUAUAUAAACAAGUACUUAUCUCAAACUGUCAGUUCAAGAUUUCAAGAUUUUUUCCCCCUCUCCUUAUCCUUAUUUUAUACCCUCUACUUGUACAUGGAAGACCUGUGAAAUGCAUGUGUGCUUUGAGAAAGAGAUCAUUUAUAGCAAUUGUAAUGGAAAUAUAUGAUACUAUUUUUGUAUGCUCUUCUGUCUGUUAAAGUGUAGGUUCACUGUCAUAUCAAUAAAGUAUAAA